GAAAUGCAAUCAUAUGACAUACUUUUCUUUUUAAUGGCGGAGAAGAAACAGAAUAGAUUCCGUAGCACACCAGUGUCAGAGACAAAAGAAAAAAGUAAAGGCCCGCGAUAUGAAAACCACAUGCAUCCUGAUCUUGUUUUGGCCUCUCUACAUGUCAUUAUUAACAGAUGAAAGCCAGACUUCUAAAACAGAAGUCAAAUGUAAUUUCACUGAAAAGAAUUAUUCCUUGAUUCCAGCAGAUAUCAAUAAAGAUGUUACUAUACUUGAUCUCAGUUAUAACCAAAUUACUCUGAAUAUUAGAGACAUAAGUGUUCUACAGAGGUAUUUGUUACUCACUGAGCUCUAUUUGAUUGAGAAUAACGUCGUUAUCUUACAUAAAAAUAGUUUUGGUAACCUCUUCAAUCUGAAAAUUUUAAAUAUCUGUAGAAACUCCAUCCGCGUAAUUCAACAGGGUGCAUUUAUCGGCUUAAAUAAACUAAAAGAGUUAUAUCUUUGCCAAAACAAAAUAUUACAACUGAAUCCUGAUAUAUUUGUGCCUCUAAAAAUCCUGAAACUUUUGAAUCUGCAAGGCAAUUUGAUAAGCUAUUUUGAUGCACCUCCACUGUUGCAUCUGGAAUUAAUCAUUUUAUAUGGAAACCCAUGGAACUGCUCUUGUGGUCUAUUGAAUUUGCAGAACUGGUUGAACACAUCAAAUGUGAUACUAGAAAAUGAGAACAUCACCAUGUGCAGCUACCCAGAUAUCCUGAAGAGCUACAGUAUCAAAACAGUACCUUAUAAUGCUGAGUGCUACUCAAAAUUUCCUUCACCUAUAACUGAAGAUCUUUAUAUUAAUUUUCAGUCCAUUAGCAAUUCAACAUUUAAUAGCUCUUUGAACAACUUAACACGAAACUCAGAACAUGAACCUCUUGGAAAAAGCUGGGCUUUUCUCGUUGGUGUUGUAGUCACUGUACUGAUUACUUCACUCAUCAUUUUUUUUGCUAUCAAAUGCCCAAUAUGGUAUAAUUUUCUGCUUAGUUAUAAUCAUCAUCACCUGGAAGAGCACGAAGCAGACGCUUAUGAAGAUGAUUUUACUGGAUAUGCAAGUUCUAUUUCACAGAUAUCAGAUAUAAACUCUGAAGAAACUACAGUAAUAUUUGAACAACUACAUUCAUUUGUGGAAGACGAUGAUGGGUUUAUUGAAGACAAAUAUAUAGACAGUCAUGAAUUACACGAAGAAAAUUAACUUCUUUCAAUGUUUGAAUCUUUAAAAAAGGUUAUCAGUUCACGCAAUGUAGACAGGGAGAUUUUGAUAUGUGACAUACCAAACUAUAGUUAGUAGACCUUCAUAUUAAUUGCAACACAGAUAAAUCUUGUAAAAUAAUGUUUUUAUCAUUGGUAUUGAGAAAGUCGGUCCAGAUACAGUAACUGACACUUCUUGGUAGCUAAGUUACAAUACUAGUAUUACUAUUCUCGGCAGUAUUCAGGAGACCAUACUCGUAUAUAUUAGUUAAA